UGCUCAAACAAGUUUAAGUAGUACAAUAUAAUAUGUUUGUCUUGUGCUGGAGAAAAUAUAGUUGUAUUAGCUACCGUAUCCAAUUAAUGGGCAAAAGUGAUCCUACUAGAAGGUGCUUCAUUGUCAAAUCUCUGCCAAUCUUGUCCAAUACAAAUUGAACAAAAUUGGUAUAGAAGAUUUUAGAGCAGGCUAACAGAGAUGUAGCUCCAAAAGUACUCCCUGAUGUACAAACUAGAGAGUUUCCCAAUGCAUCAAUUUAGUGAAACUUCAAGCUUGUUGGAUUUGCACAGCAUAUAAAUUUGUUUGUCAAGUGAAGCUCAGGGUUAGGUGGUACUGUCGACUGUCAACUAAAUCUGGGUUUUACCCAGCUACUAUUUAAAUUGCUACAUUGAAUAAAGCAAACCAGCAGUUUCUAUUUAGUUGGCAUAGUCAAUCUAGUAUUUGUCUCAAAACUGUUGAUGCAUAAAAUAACAAGCUGAAAAUUGCAGUUAUGAAAUCAAAUGUCAUGCUUAUUCCUUGAAAAUUUCAGAUAUGAUUAUUCCUUUACAUGGAGUAUGUGCUAUUUUGCUAUAGGAGUAUAUCAUGGAGUUUUACAUAGAAUAUGUCCUAUUUUGCCAUAGGAAUGUGUCUACAUGACUUUUUUCUGAUGAUGUUUCUGUUGUGAAUUUACAAAUCAAGUUCCAGGUAAACCAUCAGUCUGAAGCUAGCCUGGUGAAGAUAUUCUGCAUAAUGGCGUUGACAUUAGCCAUUAGCUACAUGGAGACAUUAUUAUUGGAUGUACGUAACUGAUUUUAUGUGAGAAUCUGGCAUAAUCUGUAGAUUGCCUGGAACGCAAACUCAGAAAUGCAGAGUAUCAAGAGCUCCAUUAAAAAGUUUCAUAUAUUGUAUUCUCUUCCCUGUUUUCAGUUUAUAUCUCUUAAAUAUUUUGUAUACCUUGGUAGAAGUGGCUAUUCUGGUGAUCUGAACUGAUUUCUGUGUAUCAGGUCAUCCAUGCUUCAUGAUGUUGGUGCUUUCUUUCAUCUUCUUUUGUAAUUUGAUUCUGCAUAAAUAUACUGAAAAGAUGGGGGUUUAAUCAAGAGAAGGCUAUCUCAUUGUUUUUUGUCUCAGUUAUUGUGAUGAAAGCAGAACACAUUUCUAGAUUGGACAUUCCAAGAUGUUGGAAGCUUACUUCUCAUCGAGUAGGUUUUGCUAAUAAAUAUGGAGUGGAAAAGAAUAGGGCACAAGUAAACAUUGUUUUAAAAUGGAAGGUUCAUGGUUUUGGAAAAGGAAUUUUUUAUCAUUCUGAUCAAGUUUGUUGGUGUAUGAUGAAACCAUAAUGCAAUUCAUUCUAGUGAAAAAAUGGUGCUCAUGUGUCUUUCAUAUUUUACUGAACCUGUAUUACAAAUCUGUGGUGAGGUUAUGAAGCUCUUGUUUAGGGCCCAUGGCAAUACUAAAAGUCAUGAGAAAUGAUUCAUCCUGGCUUUUGAGCUGUGAUAAGGAAAAUUGUCUUCUAAACUUGUGGCAAAACUUUGGCUUAAUGAAUUGGAAUUAGGCAAACCAAGGUAUAUGUAGCUUUGUUGAACUAGAGGUGUAAUUCUUGAGGACCUAUUUAUAAGAUGUGCCAGCCCUUAUUGAUGCAGAAUCCCAUUUUUCGGAGAGCUACAUGUAAGAUUAUCCAACUCUUUCUCCAUGAUUUACAGUUGCACAGUUCUUGUAGAGUGGAUUCCCUGCAAUUCAGCUUUCAUUUAUUCUUUUUGUUACAUUAUAUUUUUCAUGUUGCUCUAAACCUUGGAUAGUUUUAAACUUUGAGAGGCUCUUGUUGUCCAAGAGUUGCAAUAAAUCUGGUUGGUCAUGUUGUAUCUCAGUACUGUUGGAGAAGUUAAUGUUUUAUGUGUUGCCCCUGAUUGCUGAUGUUUAUGAGGAACUGCAACAGAGGUUCCAUGUCAUAGAGGUCAAUAUGAUGCUACAUUGAUACUUUGAUGCCAUGAAAGCUAGUCAAUCUGGCGGCACAAUAUACUAGCAUGCAAUCUUACUGGUAUUUGCAGCAACCCUUGUCAAGGGCUCCAUGAAUAACAUUCGGUGGAUCUUUUGUAUCUUGUGCUUAUUAGUUAAAAAUCUCCUGUGUUGAAUGAAUUCAUCUUUCUGUAUCAAGUCAAAAUUUAUGGUUUUUCAUGAAUCUUUCCAGGUGAUUUUUCAAAGUUCUUCAUAUCACUAGCUGAUGGCUCCUAACAGUGUUGAAAAGGAUGGCUAGAGCUUGUCCAACAAUUAAAAUGCAAGUAUCUGUGACAGGAUCUCAAACGAGUCCCCAAAAUGAUGUCAGGAUCAUGGAGUGCUAAGAUGGUUCGGACAUCAGACCCUAAAUGGGGGAAGAACAACAGAUGAUUCAAGCUCUCAUCCUAAGGUAAUGGAUUCACAUACAUUAUCACUAGAUUAACACUGGAGGUGUAUUCCACAAAUUUCUGAUGUGUGUCACACACAAUAUAAAUCUCUCGUGGGAAAAAUAGUUGAAGCAAAAUAUUUGCUAACUUCCUCACAUCCUAAUGUUUAAGAUGCAAUUAAGAAGAAGUCAGUAGUUGCUGUAAGCAUAGGUUUGGUAGUUCUUCCAAUGUACACGGACGCAUCGGUCGCAGUCGCUCUGACUAAUGGUCGGCACAGGACGGCGGCUUUGACCGACAUGAUGCGUCAACGCACAGGUACUGUCAUUUCGUUCCUCUUCAUCCGUCAACACUGUGACCAUGGCAGUGGUGAUGGUGGAAGGGAUGAUGGCAGCUUGGUAGAAUGAAAUAGGAAUUUUGGAUGCUUGUUGCAGUUAUGGUCAGUGAUUGUUAGAUCAGUAUGCUAGUCUUGUGUUUCGACGCAAAUAGCUGAUAAUAAGCCAAUGCAAGUGAACAGAAGAGAAUGCUUUAGAAGAACAGGACAAGUGAGUGACUCCACAUUUUCUUUUUCUGGGGAUAAGGUUUGCCAUGGGAAAGAUGUUUAAGAAAGGUAAAGCUUGCCAGCCCACACCAGCGAAUAGCAGAGACAGAAAGCAGGGUAAGAAUCUUGAUCAGGCCAUUGAACAUUAUUAGAGAGAGGACUACAGACAGAAUCUUGUGUGUGUUGUUCUUUGGAGAGAGAGAGUGAAGAAAACAGUGGAGGGACCAAUCUAGACCACAGCAUCCUUGUCAUUGACUCUUUGGGAAGGGUGAGCUCCGGUUGUAUUUUUCCUGCCACAGUAGGCCAAUCAGAGGUGGCUAACUAAUGUUGUGCCUGGUUAGGACGAGAUGCUCUCCCAACAUCACGCAGUCAUUCAAGGGGGAGAGAGAGAUAGAAAGAGAAUAUAGAAGGUAGUAUAGGCUGUAAAGAGAGGGAGUGAGGAGCAGAGUCAGGGAGCGAAAGAGGAAGGGUGGAUUUAAUACAGAUAGUCAUGAGAAUUUAUGGCUAGCUUUAGGAGGCAGUGACUAAAAGGGUGAGUGGUUUCUCUGCAGCAAUAAAUUUCCUCCAAAACUUGGUGAAUCUCUCUGCAGUUCCUUCCAUAUUGUUCUUGCUGAUAGCUUUUCCUCAGAAGAGGCGAAGAGCCCCCCUCCCUGGAGAAACCUGGUCCCUGCUGCAUAGCUGCGGAGACAUGGAGUUGGGUAGCUUGCAAAGAAGAUACAUUGACUUCACAUCAGCUCUCUUCCGUGAGGGGUUUCUGGACAACCAGUACACACAGUUGCAGCAGCUGCAGGAUGAGAGCAACCCCGAGUUUGUUCUUGAGGUCGUGACUCUUUUCUUUGAAGACUCUGAGAAGCUCCUCGAUGAACUAAGCAGGACCCUAGAUCAGCAGGUUGUGGACUACAAGAAAGUGGAUGCCCAUGUCCACCAGUUGAAAGGCAGCAGUGCCAGUUGCCUCAGAUGUCUGCAGCAAGUGAGGCAGGAGUAUUUCCUGGUGAAGAGCAAGCUGGAAACUCUGUUCAGGCUGGAGAAGCAGAUUCUGGCUGCUGGUGGAUCAGUCCCAGUGUUGUGGUAGUAGCGACAGUAGUACAUGCCAAAGCAGUUGUCCAGAGGUGGCAGGAAGAGUUGGUCAUGAUGUUUGCUUUGUGUUUGGUUUUUGCUUUUGCAGCUUCCUGUGGCCCACUCAUGUGGAAACAUCUCUUUUUGAGUGGAUUCAAGGGAUGCCAUGAUUCCCCACCCCACCUUGAUGCUGUAAAAAAGUGACUUAGCAGCCAAAACUUUUUGGUGUUCCAUUUCUGUGAUGAUGUGGUAGAAUAGAGUAGCAAUGAUGAUAUCCACUGUUUGACAGACAUUUAGGUCCACAGUUUGCAUGCACAGUUGGUUUUGCUAACCAUUGCAGAAACACAAGGCAUAGCUGAAGUCUGAAGAAUUGAAGUGUGAUCAGUACAUAGACUAGCAAAAUAUUAUGAACCCUAAAUUUGAGGUUCCUGCAGAGACUUGGAAGUCAGAACCAUUUUACUAAGGGAAAUAUGCAGGUAAAAUAAAAACAAUGAAGGUUAGCUUUAGCUCUUGGAAGUCAAUGUUACAAAUGUAUCCACAGUCUGAUUCUUACAAUGGCUAUAUGUACUAACUGUUGCAUACUUGAGAUUGGCAAACCAUAGAUAAAUGAUUGCAGACAUGGUGUAAUAAGAUUGCUGCUUGAACA